CAUUGAGUGACAAGAACAGCAUGGUCCCUAUGGUGCCUGCAAGGCGGAUUAGGAAGCAGUCUAAGUCGUUGGAUGCUACAAAAAGGUGCAAGGAACUUUGCAUUCAUCGGGCGUUCAGGUGCAGACAAACCAAGAGCAAAGUCGUUGGUUGACCAUCUUGAGAGCAACCACGCCAAGGUGUUUGUCAUCCGGGGAGAUGUCACAUCUCUGGAAGAUUGUAAAGCUUUGGUUCAGGCCAGCUUAGCAACAGGCAAGCCCGUCGGUGGUCUUAUCCACGCAGCGAUGGGACUCCAUGAAUCCCUAUUCAGCCGCAUAUCGCACGAAGCCUGGCAUACGGGAGUUCAGCUCAAAUGGAUGGGAACCUGGAACUUGCACAUGGCCAUUAAAGGUCACGAAUUCCAUCUGGAGCCCGAGAGCCCUUGCCGCAAAGUAUUCGCCUUGGGGACGCC